UGCAUCUCCUCUCCUCCCUUGUAGUAAACUAAGUAAUCUCGAUACCUUGUAUUACUUGUUCAUAUAUAUGCUGUUGAAUUCACCUUUGGAUUUAGCAAAGAUCAUGGCCAUGGCUAAUUUACUAAGUAUGUUUAUACUAAUGGAGAUGAUAGUGAGCGGCUUUGGAUUCGGAGUAGAUGGUCUCCGCAUGGACUACUACAUCAUGAGUUGCCCAUUUGCUGAAUCAAUUAUAAAGAAUACAGUUAACAGAGCUUUGCGAAAUGAUCCAACUCUGGCAGCAGCCCUGGUUAGAAUGCAUUUCCAUGACUGCUUUGUUGAGGGAUGUGAUGGGUCGGUUCUCAUUGAUUCAACAAAGGACAACAUAGCAGAAAAGGACUCCCCCGGAAACUUGAGCUUGCGAGGCUAUGAAGUUAUUGAUGAUGCAAAGGAUCAGCUGGAAGAGCAAUGCCCGGGCAUUGUCUCCUGUGCGGAUAUUGUUGCAAUGGCCGCCAGAGAUGCAAUUUUCUGGGCUGGGGGUCCAGUGUAUGAUAUACCAAAAGGAAGAAAAGAUGGAAGAAGGUCUAAGAUAGAAGACACAAUCAACCUGCCUUUCCCCUCCUUCAACACCUCAGAGCUGAUCAAGGCCUUUGGGCAGCGAGGUUUCAGUGCUCAAGAAAUGGUUGCUUUAUCUGGGGCACACACGUUGGGAGUGGCAAGGUGCUCAUCAUUCAAAGCCAGAUUGAGUAACACAGAUCCUACUCUAGAUUCGGAUUUCGCCAAGACAUUGUCGAAAACAUGUAGCACCGGCGACAAUGCAGAGCAACCUUUCGAUACUACCCCAAACACUUUCGACAAUUUUUACUUCAAUGCGUUGAUCAGGAAAAAUGGGGUUCUUUUCUCGGAUCAAGUAUUAUAUACGACGCCUAGAACUAGAGCCAUUGUGAAUGGUUAUGCCAUGAACCAAGCUAUGUUUUUCUUUGAUUUCCUGCAGGCAAUGGUGAAAAUGGGCGUGCUUGAUAUUAAGGAAGGAUCAAAGGGAGAAGUGCGAGAGAAUUGCCGCAAAAUUAACUGAAAUUACUACUAUAGAGUUUUGAGUUUUUCAAAAUUUUGUUCUGUGAUUUAUAUUUACAUGGUUGCAUAAAAUAAAAUAAUAACACACUCUCAUGCCCUGUCUCUGUAAGCGUAUUGCCUCUCUUGUAGGUUUGAACGGGUGUGAAACAUGUUUUAUUUAUAAUAACAUUUAUAAAAUCUCCGACUGGAAUUAAUGUCAA